GCACUUUUCAUCAACCAUCAUUAAAUUUUAAAGAAUCACCGUGGAGGUCUAUGCAAUCUGAUACAUUCCUUCCCUCAUUUUUUGUUGUUGUACCUCGCCGCGCCAACGGAAAUGCCUAAUCGGGAAAUCUCCGCUCCUUGAAACGCGCACGGCGAUUGCUGAACUCCCAUCGCAAGCUCUUGCUAUUUCUUCACCACCACUUCCUUUCCUCUUCCACCCAGACCUUUUCCCCCAUACAAUAUUCAAUAUGGCCUCCAACGAGUCCACUUUGGAAAGAAACCCUUCCCUUUUGAAGCAAUUGUCGCUGAGCGAUAAAUGGACCUCUCCUUUCAGAUCCAGCGAGGCCAAAAAGACCGCGACCCGCAAGCUGGUUAUCGCCGACAACGCCAUUGAGAAUGUCAAUCUCCCGGAUUUUUUGAGAAGACCCAGACCCGCCCCGGCUGCCAAGACGGCUGCUCCAGCCGCUACUGUUGAAACUCCUGCUGAAACUCCUGCUGAAACUUCUGCUGAAGCUCCUGUUGAUGCCUCUGCCACUGUCGCUGAUGCUUCCUCUGAUGCUGCCGAUAUUGACGAGGGUGUCAGUGAAAAGCCACUCGACUCCGACGCUGCGUCACUCACUUCGGAGGCUCCACUCCCGGUUGAGGCCACUGAGACCGCUUCAAAGUCUGAGGCCAUUGAGGCCGCUCCAGAACCUGAGACUGCCCCAGAACCUGAGACUGCUCCAGAACCUGAGACUACUGUGGUUGCUCCAGAUUCUGAAGCCGCUGGGACUGCCCUUGAACUGGAGGCUCUUCCAGAAACUGCGGCUGAAGCCCCAGCCCAGGUUAUCGAGGUCCCCGUGACUGAGGUCGUCGACCAGACGGUUCUUGAAGCCUCAGACCCAAUCAAGGAGGAAUUCGCUGACAAGCCCGCAAUUCUCGCGCACUAUGCGUCUCUCCAGGCAAAUGGCCUCGUCGCAACCAGUGGCUUCGCCACGGACGACCCUGCCGCGCUUGUGGAUGUUGGACUCGGUAAGAAGAUGACACAGGGGCAGCUCAUGGAGAUUGCGCGCGCGCGUGUCAACCCGGUGCUCGCGAAUAUCCUGGAGCAGGUCGCCGCCGUCCAGCGUGAUGAUGCGGAUAAAAAACUGCGUGAUCUUGCGGCAAAGGCCGCCCAGCACUCAUCCAAGUUGAGCACUGACUUCCUCAAGCACAAGAAGAAGAUCGACAAGGAAAACGAAAAGAUCGCCGCCACCGCUGACGGAACCAUCGCCAAGGUGAAGGAGUCCAUCGCUGGUGUUGUGACGGCGCGCGAGGCUUUUGCCGCCACCACAACGGCGGCAACGGCGAAAUUGGACGUUGACUUCCAGGCGAGGGAAGCCGAGGCCUUGGAGAAACACGAACAAGACAAGAUUGAUUUGGAUACUAAGCACAAUGAGGCCGUUGCCAGCAACAAGCAGGCGAUUGUGGACGCCAAGGCCGAGAUCGUUGCUACCAAGGAAGCCAUUGAGUCGCUCAAAGUCGAAGCCUCAGACCUUACGCUCCAUACGGAGGAGGUGGCGGCUCAGGCGGCUGAGAAAGAGACUCUCCUUGCAGAGAGAACCGCCGAGUUGAAUCGCAUUAUUGCGGCAAGAGACGCGAGACAAGCCGCAUACGCGACGAACCUUGGGGCGGAGGAGGCCCGCAAGAAUGAGGUUUCCGAGGCGGAGCGGAAGGCACGCGAUAUUGAGGCGACCCACAAGGCGUUGGCCGUGGAGGUUGCCGUUAUCCAGGCGAAAGUUGAUGGCUACCACGCGCAUAUCAAGUCUCUAGGCGAGGAAAAGGAGGCAAGGGCUGGCAGACUCGAAUACGCGCAGCAGGUUGCGAGUGAGUGGGAGGAGAGCCAGGUCCAGAUGAAGACCGAGGCCGCCAAGGCCGCGGAACAGAAGAAGUUGGAGGACUUCCACGAACACGAGAGACAGCAGUUGGUGAUGGAGCAGGAGGCUGAGAGAGCCAGAGUUGCGAAGAAGUUGGAGGACCAGCGUCUUGCCGAGGAGAAGGCGGACCUCGCCCGGGCGGAGGCUGAGGCGAAAGAGGAGGCUGAGGCGAAAGCUCUCCAGGCAAAAGAGGAUGCUGUGCGCGAGCGUGAACUUGCACUGACGGAGAACGACCAGGAGAAGCUCCGGUUGGAGCAGGAAGUUGCCGAAUUGAAGGAGUUGCAGCGGUUGCAGGCGGAGCGGAUUAAGUUGAAUGAGGAGCUUGCCGCGUCAGAGCUCGCCGCGGCCACCGCUGCGGCUGAGUACGCGCGCGUUAUCGCCCAGGCGGAACUCGCCGCGACAACUGUCACGUCAGAGUCUGUCGCGCAGGCAGCACGUGCAGACUCGGCCGCGCGUUCCAACUUGAACGUUGCAAACGCCGCCGUAGCCACGAACACCACCAGAGCGACCGACCUCGAGUCGGUACUCCACCGCAAGGGCGUUGACACUGCGAGCAUUGCUCCAAGCCAAACCCAGAAGGCUGCACCAGUCGAGAGAUCUGUCGCUCCGGUGGUGGCGACGUCUGCUUUAGCUGCGGGCACUAUAGCCGCUGUCGCGGCAACCACCCCAAAGGUCGCUGCUGCCCCAGCCCCAACGGUUGUCAAGUCUACCAGAGGCUCCUUCAGAGAGAGGGUCAAGCGUAACUCGUUUGUCCAGGCCUUUACUAGCUCCCCGGAGUCAAAGGCGAAGGUCGAAACAGCUAAAAAGGCUGAAGCAAAGUCUGUUCCAGUCGCCGCCGCUGGCCACGCAAGUGUUUCACCUGUUGUUUCCAGAACUACUGGGGUCUCUCCGGUUGCUUCCCGAGUCGAAGCUCCAGUUGCUGCCGCCGCGGUGGUUUCUGCUCCAGAGGUUUCCACUCCGGCGGCUGCUUCCUUGGCUUCCGCCUCGGUAGUUUCGUUGAAGUCGGCCAGAGUUACCCCGGCUGCUUCUUCCGCUUCCGUCGUUCCGGCUCCAGUCUCUGCUAAGUUUGUCGCCCCGGCCGCUGCUUCCACACCAGUGGUUGCCCACGAGGUCUCCCCCCCAACUGUUUCUAACGCGCCAAGCUCCAUCUACGACGCACCAGUCGCCCCUCAUAGAGCCAUCGCGAGUCUCAAGGAUCAAUCGCGCACGUCGCUUAACCACGAACCCGAGUCCGAGUAUGAGUACGUCUCCGAGUACGAAGAGGUCUCCGACGCCGAGUACGAGAGAAACAAGCUGAAUCCGGACUACUCCAUUGUUGGUGCCGAUGAGUUCCACAAGAUUACCAAGUUUGUUGCGUAGAGCUUGCGGUUCAAUGAUGGCUGUAUCCGAUUGUAUCUGGUGAUGAUGCCUGAUGUAACAAGGUUUUGUGUAUUUUUUUUUAUUAUUAUUAAUUCUAUUGUUUGAAUUCUAUGUUAGAUCCAAGUGGGA